UGGAGCGCUAUAUGGGUAAUAGAGGCUGAUCUGAUGAUUCUAAAUGAGCAGAAGUAUUACUUCCACGAAAGGAAAAUUAUAAGAAUCCCUCCAGAAUGAUACUUUGUCUACAUGAAUAUGAAGAAACGCCAUAGCCGUCUUUGCGGAGCAAGCGGCUAACCAUUAUUGAAUAAACGUCGGUGGGGUUGAUCUGCCCGCCUAUUCUAUUCUGUCCAUGCAGAGUAGCUCUUGCGUCAGAAACACCACGGUGAUCUCGUGGACACCUCUUAUCCCGCUCGCAGCCUCAACUUAACCUCAUCUCCUUGACUAGGCCUCAGCUCCAAGCCGCCUACCAGAUUGCAGUCUUCGACAGUUGUUGAUGGUCGUUACACAAAGUGAGAGCCCAACAUCACCACUACUGCGGGCAUCGUUAUACCCCUGAGACAUCGGCCAAAACGAUGGAGUUCCAGGCUCUUCAAGGUGCAGAGAAACUGCAACAAGUCACUGAAUUAUUGGACAACUUAGAAAAAGAUCUGAAGGAGAAAAAGCUGAGCAACUCUCGAAAAGUUCAAUUACUUUUACAGCUGAGACAGCGUGGCACAAAUCCAGCGGACGCUGGUCCUAUCUAUUCGAAAAGGGGAAUGGAAAUAUUGGUGAAGUACGGUGUCGAUGGGGAAUCAGUAGACAUCCGUCGGGCUGCACUGCGCUGCGUUGCAAAUGCUCUUCUAUUGGAUUCAAAGAUGCGCCAGCUAUUCGUAGAUACUGGCCAUGGUGGUAAACUCGCCGAGAUGCUCAAGUGCGAUUCUUCCGAAGAUGAAAUGGUCAUCAGCCGGAUAUUGUUCCUGUCUACAUAUGACACAACCAUGGAUUUCGACAACCUUGUGAAUAAACACGCGCUGGGCGAUAAUGUUAACUAUCAAAUCGUCCGACAUGCCAAGCAGUUCCCGAAAACGUUCAAAAGGCCUCUAUCUCAGAUAGAUGAGUUUGCUCUAAUCGACACUUUGAAGCUCAUCUUCAACGUGUCAAAACUCUAUCCGGACUUGUCUGCAACGUUUGCGCCUUCGAUCCCUCAUAUUUUCAAGAUGAUCAGCCGUAUCGACAUUCCCGACAAACCAUUGGAUGGUCUGCUCAGCUACCUCCUUAAUUGCUUAUCUACGCUUGAUCUUGAAAACAAGAAAGGAAAGCCUUUCGAUAGCAACCCAUUGUUCCCGACCUUCAAUCAGAACUGCAAUGUUGACAAGUUGAUCAAUAUUCUGGACCACGCAACUUCACUUUACACCCCUGAGGAUCUCGAGACCAAAGCUAUCCCACUUCUUCACUCACUCAUUACCAUCCACGAAUUGGCACCAGAUGGCCCCCGUAAAUACAUGCAGUGGCUAUUCUUACCAGAGGACAACGACCGGAACCAACCCAUCGGACAAUCUGACACGCUGUCCUCCAAGUUACUCAAGCUCUCCACAGCGCCAUACCCAAAUCUGAAAACCGCCAUUUCAGAGCUCAUGUUCGUACUCUCAGGAAAGAACGCUGAAAACCUUACGAAGAACAUUGGCUACGGAUUCGCCGCAGGACUACUUGCAACCCGAGGCAUGGAGAUCCCCAAGACCGCCGGAGAAGCAUUUGCAGCAGAGCGGUUCGACCCGGAGAUCAACCCCAUUACCGGCCAGAGAUGGGCCGCAGAGAAGCAAGACACGGGUCCGCCUAUGACACAGGAAGAGAAGGAGCGCGAGGCAGAGCGACUAUUUGUGCUUUUUGAGAGGGCCAGGGCCAAUGGCAUCCUUAAGGUGGAGAAUCCUGUGGCGCAGGCUGUUCGUGAGGGACGGUUUGAAGAAUUACCUGACUCGGAUAGUGAUUAAUUGAUUUGAAUUCUUUUUUGUAUAAUAUUAUAGGUUAACUAUGUAAUGCGAUGUCCGAAAGUUUAAUGAGUAUUCUGUGUUUUCAGUAAGCUCUAAUGCACACUAUGUUGAUUUCAGUUCAUUCUCUAUGAUAAGGCUGAUACUGAUGAAGUUUCGGGUACGGAGUAUAACUGAGGUUCAUGCCCAAUGGUGGAGUGAUCUGCAGUGAAUUCAAGAUUAUCGACCUGCCAUAAUAACACUUUCAAAGAAGGUAUUGAAACGAUAGAAAUAUAUACCAGCUUUAAGU